AAAAAGGAAAAAACCUUAUCAUAGGACUCAAAAUACAAGUUCCAAUCCCUACCUUUCCCUAUAUAUAAAUCCCCUUUUACAACUACCUGCAAGAAGUAGUAUUUGAACCUCUGAACUCACCCUGCCUAAUUAUGUCCAUUUCCAUAUCCACUCAACUUCUUCAACAUUUGCUUGGAGAAUUCCACUCUAGAAGGUUGCUGCUGCAUACCCCACCUUUUGAAACACCAACUACAGCAGCUCCAGCAAGCCCUGAAAACAACCACAAUUCAUCAGAUCCUUACACCGGUAAUAACAGCUUCGAUGCAAAUGUUGUUAUGGUUCUGUCAGUCCUCUUGUGUGCCCUAAUUUGCUCACUAGGACUGAAUUCCAUCAUUAGGUGUGCAUUGAGAUGCACAGGUUUAGUAGCCUCAGAGUCCGGAGCAAGCACCUCAGCUCGGUUAGCUAACACAGGGGUCAAGCGAAAAGCCUUGAAGACCUUUCCAACAGUGAACUACUCUGCUGACUUGAAGCUCCCUGGCUUGGACACAGAGUGUAUCAUAUGUCUAUCAGACUUCACCCCUGGCGACCGUGUGCGGCUUCUACCAAAGUGCAACCAUGGAUUCCACGUCCGGUGCAUUGAUAAAUGGCUGAGCUCCCACUCAUCUUGCCCUAAAUGCAGGCACUGCCUCUUAGAGACAUGCCAAAAGAUUGUUGGGUGUAGCCAGGCAAGCUCAUCAGGACCUCCUCCAGUGCAAGAAACCAUUGUGACCAUCGCACCGGUAGAUCCUGAAGGUUUGAUACAUAGCUAUAGGUGAAUUAGCUUAGUCGAUUUUUGGUUUAUUGUAUCACAUGCUAGCCAAAAUUCAGCCCUGUUCCAUGAAGAUUGGCACUAGAAGGCCUCCACUUGAUAUGGAAAGGUCAGGAGCCAGUAUACCAUUCAAAACAAGUGUAAAGCUAGUUGUAAAUUUUGUGCACAGUUUAAAAUUUGUUACCUCCGUAAUCAUUU